AUGGUCGACGCAGCAUACUACCACCCGAGGUUCAAGCAGACUUACUUCUUCGGAGGUCGUCGCUAUGCUCGCAUCAAGUUCACUCCUGGCAAGAAUGACGAUGUUAUCACCUGGGGCCCAGAUAAGAUCGAUGAGCGCUGGCCAUCCCUUAUCUCCAUUGGCUUUGGCACUGUGGAUGCCGUUCUACCGGUCGAAGGAAGUUCAGACGAGAUCUAUGUCUUCCAUGGAAGCCGCGUGGCGCACAUCAAAGUUGUGCCCGAGCUAAACGACGACAAAGUCGUUGACGGGCCCUGGGUGAUCACCGAGAAGUUCAAAAGCCUCGCCUCCGCCGGAUACGACACCAUUGACGCUGUGAUGCCCGUUCCCGCCAAGUCCGGAGAAGCGUACAUCUUCCGGGGCACCAGCUAUGUCCGCAUCAAUGUCCACCAGGAUAAGACCGUUUACGGUCCCGCGAAGCUCACCGCUGAAUGGCCGGCAUUGACCAAAGCUGGGUUCGACUCUGUCGACGCGGCGUUCCCUGUGCCGGAAGACACGAAUGGCUUGACCUACUUUUUCCGGGGAGACCAGUAUGUGAAGCUCAAAGUGAUUGCUUCCGCUCCUGACGAGCCGAACUUUGGGCCCAAGCCGAUCAAGGAUUAUUGGAAGUCUUUGGACUGGAUUUAA